CAGAGCCAGCCUGCUUUCGGAAAUGCCCUUACAGCAGCAGGCAAAGCGAAGGCUGGAGCUCGGGGAAAGUGGUCACCAGUACCUCUCCGAUGGUCUAAGGACCCCCAAGGGCAAGGGGAGAGCUUCACUCCGAAGUCCAGACAGUCCCAAAAAAAAAACACGGUAUGAUACAUCCCUUGGUCUGCUCACCAAGAAGUUCACUCAGCUCCUGAGCCAGUCGCAGGACGGGGUCCUGGAUCUGAACAAGGCGGCCGAGGUGCUCAAAGUGCAGAAGCGCAGGAUCUACGACAUCACCAACGUGCUGGAGGGCAUCCACCUCAUCAAGAAGAAGUCCAAGAACAAUGUGCAGUGGAUGGGCUGCAGUUUGUCUGAGGAUGGGGGCACGCUGGCCGAGUGUCAAGAUCUGUCCAAAGAAGUGACUGAGCUCAGUCAGGAGGAGAAGAAAUUAGAUGAAAUGAUCCAAAGCUGCACCCUGGACCUCAAACUGUUAACCGAGGAUUCAGAGAAUCAAAGGUUAGCUUAUGUUACAUAUCAAGAUAUUCAAAAAAUUAGUGGCCUUAAAGACCAAACUGUUAUAGUUGUGAAAGCCCCUCCAGAAACAAGACUUGAAGUGCCUGACCCAGUAGAGAGCCUACAAAUACAUUUGGCAAGUACUCAAGGGCCCAUUGAGGUUUAUUUGUGUCCAGAAGAGACGGAAACCCACAGUCCAAUGAAAACAAGCCCCCAAGACCACAAUGGGAAUAUCCCUAAACCCACUUCCAAAGACUUGGCUUCAACCAACUCAGGACAUAGCGAUUGCUCGAUUUCCAUGGCGAACCUUUCUCCUCUGGCCUCCCCAGCCAACCUUCUCCAACAGACGGAGGACCAGAUCCCCUCCAGCCUCGAGGGGCCUUUUGUGAACUUGCUGCCUCCGCUCCUGCAGGAAGACUAUCUCCUUAGCCUGGCCGAGAGUGAGGGCAUCAGCGACCUCUUCGACGCCUACGACUUAGAAAAGCUGCCACUGGUGGAAGACUUUAUGUGCAGCUGAUCACUUGGCAGGUUCUGCCCCUCCUCGAGAAACCAAUUAUUUUUCUACCACGGAACCAGAACAUCUGUCCUUGCAGUGUUGUCCCCCUUCCUCCCUUCUUUCCUCCAAGACAGCAUCAUGAAGUUACAAGACAACAACGACGAACUACGGAGCAAAAGCUGACAUUUGGAUGGAUUUUACAAUUUCAUGAAGGGGAAGGAAAAAAAAAAAAAAAAGGGUUUUUGUUUUUGUUUGUUUAUUUGUUUGUUUUCUGGUCUAAAAACGCACAGGUUUGCAGAGGCUCCCUUGGGAAUGCCCUGCCUUUUUUUUUUUUUUUUGCCCCAGGCUCUCCCCCUUUUCCUCAACCCCCAC